UAACAUGAAUUUUAUCUGUCUAUACCCUUUAUAGAUAAUUACGAUGAAAAGCCAGUUGUUUAAGAACUCCACUGAAAAAGUCCUGUUGUUCAAUUAUUUGGACCCAAUAUUUGAAACCUUAUCUAAACACUGGAUACCUGAAACAACCUCAAAUAGUAGUCGUAUAAGAUGUAGUACUGAUACUAUCAGCGUCAGUGAUCAAAAGAAUAUUAUUCCCGAAAUUAAUACGGCUGAACAGUUGUCUUUUUAUUUUGACCAACAUUUCAAUAGUCAGUCAAAUAUUCCUAGUGAUGGGUUGGUUGUAAUUUCAGAUUUUUGGCUGAAUGAACUACCUCUGGAAUGUUUAAUAACGAAUACUCUACUUAUUGAGUUAAGUAGUAUUGAUUGCCAAUUGUAUAGAAGACAAAGUUCUCUUAUUCGAAGAGGUCAAACUACAGCAGCAUCUAAUUCUAGCAAACAAAACCAUUCACCUGCGUUGAAGAGAAUUAAUAGAGUUUUACCAUUCAGCUGGUUGACACGAGACUUUAGUGUACAGCUGCUUUAUUCACGUUUAACAGGACAUCAGAAUACACAGAAAUCUGAUGAUCAGUCAGCUGAAAAUCACGAACAAAGUGCACAGCAUAAGACAGCGAGAAAAACAGAUGUCAUUCGUGGAUCUAGUCGACAUCCUCUGUUGCGUGACACUGGUGCCAAACUGCCACCGUUGCAAUCUUCCAAGCAGCAAAACUCAGGAUGUCUGGUGGUCAAUACUACGUGUAUGCGUUAUCUGGUCGAUCCAUUUCUAGACACUGAAAUAGUUGGCGCUGACAUAACUACUAGUGCUCCUAGAGAGACAGUCAUUGGCAAUGAUGACGAUGGUAAUAAUAACGCAAAAUUCACUGGAAUCUCACUUAAAAAUCACCUUCAGUUACUAUUGAAAGAACCAUCAGCACGUAGUCAGCAGUUCACUUCACGUUGGAUUGGUUUAAUGGGUGACUGGGAAUUAGGAAAAGUACCAACUAAGGAAGAAUUAAUAGUGUUUUUAAAUGAAGGAGCCAGUGGACUAAUCAGUUAUAGUACUGAAUCUUUCUUAUCAUAUUUACCUCCAUCAGCAUUUGUGAAUUUAUCAAUUCCUAAUUGCUACUUUAUUUGUCAUCUGGAUAAAAUUUAUACAAGAAGUAGUCGUCUCCGACAAAUGAAAUUAGAUGCUCAUAAAACGAUAAUAGAACAUGAGUUGGAGCAAGCUUUAUCUACAGCUGUCACCACGACACUAACUGGAUCACGUUCUGUGAUAACUCUGCAAUGGCCUACAAGCCUAAAAAUCAAUCAGUUUAGAUUAGAAAAACUAAUAGGACAUUUACUAGAUCAAGCCUAUACUAUUGGACAGUCAACUUUGCUGAUACAGUAUGAACUUUUUAAAAAAGAAUUAGAUGAAUACAAAGUGCGUUUAAAACAAAUCAAUGAAGUCAAGGACAUUCAAAUGUCAAAAGAAAAGUCACUCGAUGAAAUGAAUCAUCUUGAAGGAAAAUAUGAAAAUAUACAGACGAAAAUGACACCAACAUUGGAACCAUUCAAUAUGAUUGUUUAUGGAUUGCCGAAUAUUUCUUUUGCUUAAUUUAAUGGAUCAAAAAAAUACUCUUAAUGGUGUCAUCUUUCAAAUUCGGAUUUAAUUUUGUAAUGUUACAGAAUGAAAGCAG